GCCGGCACAGCACGCCUUCCUCCGCCUGGAGCCCGGGGCAGAGCCGGCAGAGCCCACGUCGAUGAAAGCAAAGACAGGCUCCAGCAGCGCAGCCAUGUCCACAUCCCUGCGAGUGAGCCCCUCGGUCCACGGCUACCGCUUCGACACGGCGCUGCGCAAGAAAGCCGCGGCCAACAUCUUCGAGAGCAUCAACGAGGCGUCCCUGCAGAAACUCUUCAAAAACUCCGGGGACAAGAAGGCGGAGGAGAGAGCCAAGAUAAUCCUCGCCACCGACCAGGACAUGGAGGAAAAAACGAGAGCGCUGAUGGCACUAAAGCAGAGGAGAAAAGACAAACUGCUGCAGUUCCUGACGUUUCGGAAAUACUCCCUUAAAGUUCGCUGAGCUGGCGGAGGCAGCAGAAAUGGAGAACGUUUUGUGGCGGGGCUGUUUGAGACCUCCUGCCACACUCGGCAUGCUCUGCUGCCCCGUGGGCCUGGGGACCUGACAGCCCAAGCAGGGGGCUUCGGCCCCGCCGCAAAGCUCGAGCCACGGCGGCAUCGCUGCGGGCAGCAGGCGGUGCCCACGGCAGCCUGGUGUGCCCAGCAGCACUGGUGUGCCCAGCAGCACUGGUGUGACCAGCACUGGUGUGCCCAGCAACACUGGUGUGACCAGCAGCACCAGUGCCCAUGGCACAUCAGUGUGGACAGCAGCAUUAGUGCCCAUGGCACAUCCAUGUGGACAGCAGAAUCAGUGCCCGUGGCACAUCCGUGUGCCCAUGACAGCACUGGUGUGCCCAGCAGCAUCAGUGCCCAUGGCACAUCAGUGUGGACAGCAGCACCAGUGCCCAUGGCACAUCCAUGUGGACAGCAGCAUCGGUGCCCAUGGCACAUCCAAGUGCCCAGCAGCAUCGGUGCCCAUGGCACAUCAGUGUGGACAGCAGCAUUAGUGCCCAUGGCACAUCCAUGUGGACAGCAGCAUCGGUGCCCAUGGCACAUCCAAGUGCCCAGCAGCAUCGGUGCCCAUGGCACAUCCAAGUGCCCAGCAGCAUCAGUGCCCAUGGCACACCGUUGUGGCCAGCCUGGUGGCCAGAGGCUGGCAGAAAGAAAGCAGCUCCCAGCCCGAGGCAGAGCUCCUCCGAGCUGGAGGGGAGCCCACACACCCGGGUGUGACUCGGGACCUCCUUGGUGCUCACAGACUUGGCCUGGGUGCUUUGCCUCUUCAGCCUCGUUUCCCUAAAGCCUGAGCCCGUGCAGAGGUGGUGCUGUGGCUGGUGGGGGGCUCUGCAGACCGCUCAGCUGCUGCUCAGGGUCACUUUGCAUCUGCCAAAUGCACCCAAAGGCAGCAGUGGUGCAGUGAGCUCAGCCACCUGGGAAGGCGUUUGCUCCAGAGACACUCUGCACAGCUGUGCCUUUCCUUGCCGAGCUGUAUGUGUGCAGGAAAAGUCGUUUGCACAGAAGCAAUAAUAAUGACAGAUUACCCUGAAUUUACUGUGAAGUUCCCUAAUAUUAUGUUCACUUACCACUAACACUAAAAAUCUAAAUAUAAUAACUGCAGUUCUUCUCUGUGUAGGUUACAGUCACUAUUAGAUGAGUACUUACUUCAUGGCAAAAUUUUAUGACAAUGUUGUUGUUAUAUUGGAUAUAAUUUAUUGCAUACACUGAUGUGAAAACUAAUAAAUUAUGAAGUAAAUCUAAA